AUGCAAAAGCGCCUUCUUGCUCUAUUGAUUAGUCAAUUGGUUGCAGUUUCACUCUUUUGUGCAGGUUUUUUCCCCCAGAAGAAGGUCCUGAAAAGUGAAGCUCAAUUUAUAGAAGAGCCAGCACUUCAGAAUGAGGCCAAACCUGUGUUCAAUAAACUUGUUUUAGUUGUCAUCGAUGCUUUAAGAAGUGAUUUUUUGUUUGAGAAGUCCAACUCCAAGUUUUCCUUCCUUCACUCGUUACUUAAUGAGGGCAGCGCAUGGGGAUUUACAGCAUAUUCCAAUCCGCCGACUGUUACGCUACCAAGAUUGAAGGGUAUUACUACGGGAUCCACGCCCAACUUCUUGGACGCAAUUUUAAACGUUGCUGAGGAUGAUUCUUCGUCUAAUUUGAAUGAUCAGGAUUCAUGGGUUCGUCAAUUUUUCAGUCACGGUAAGAAAUUGAGAUUCUUUGGUGAUGAUACGUGGUUGAAGUUGUUCCCCAAAGAGUACUUUGAUGAAUACGAUGGGACGAACUCUUUCUUUGUCAGCGAUUUCGAACAAGUGGAUCAUAACGUCACUAGACAUUUACCCAAACAAUUGAAUAAUCAACAGGAAUGGGAUGCUCUUAUCCUACACUACCUGGGACUCGAUCAUAUUGGACACAAGGGUGGACCUAAUUCGCAGUUCAUGCCUGCAAAGCAAGAAGAGAUGGACGAGAUAUUAAAGCAGAUUUACGAAAAUGUCGAUGAUGAAACUUUAAUCUGUGUUAUGGGAGAUCACGGGAUGAACGAUGUCGGCAAUCACGGUGGUUCCUCAGCGGGGGAGACUUCGGCUGCCCUGGCAUUGAUCUCCAAAAAGCUGAGGAGGUAUGCGCCACCUGCUGAGCAGAUCGGUGUUCAGCUUCCUGUUCAGAAUGCUGACGGAGAGGUUGACUAUCAAUAUCUGACACGGAUCCAACAGGUUGACAUAGUGCCAACUCUGGCGGCUUUAUUCAAUUUCCCUAUUCCUAAGAAUAGUGUAGGUAUUCUCAUCCAAGAAACUUUGCAAUUACUGGAUCCGAAGCUUGCUAAGAUAAAACUUUUGGAAAACCUUAAGCAAUUGGAUUCUAUUAGCAACGGUCAUGAAGUGAUUCAAGACGAAGCUAAUAUCGACCAACUUUACGAUUUAAUGAAGGAUAUUCAAAGUGAUCUUACUAGAUCUGCAACUAAUUACAACUAUGAUUUAAUGGGAAUGGGCCUAGCCUUACUAGUGAUUACCACCAUCAUUACAGUUUUAGUUGGUAGCAACCGUAUGGAGUUUGGGCAUCCGUUUUUCUUCACCAUGAUCGUGUCACUGCUCAUAGGGUUAUCCAGUUUUGGUAGUAGUUUUGUCGAGGAAGAACAUCAAAUAUGGUGGUGGAUCUCGACUGGUGCCACAUUAGCCUCGAGCGUAUAUCUUGUUGACGAAAAAUAUACCCAUUUUGUAAUCUUGGUGUGUUUGAGGAUCAUCAGAGCUUGGAAUAACAGUGGUCAAAAGCAUUUUAACGAAAAUACCGUUUUUGAUAUUUUGAAACGCAAUCCUACCGAACAAUGGUAUUUGAAUUUCUUUGCCAUCGUGAUUUGCGGGUUGAAGGGAUCAUCUGGUGAUAUUGUGACGUUUAUGUGUUCCUUCGUACUGACUGCUUUGUGUUUGGUAUACAAGGUAACUUGGGCACUGGUAAACCGCGAGACUGUUCCCCAUUGGCUGUAUGAAGUCGCGUAUAAAUCAUGUUCGAUCAUGAUGGGUGAUACCACUGAUGUUUUUGAUAAGUCAUUAAUCCCACUAGCUCAGCUAUUCUUCCGAUGUUUUGCCGGGUGUGUAGCGGUAGCAGUGGUCGCUUGCAAAAUGGGCGGCAACAAAAACUCGCAUGCCAUCAGCACAUUUAUCACCUUGUUACUGAUAUUUCAAUCUCAAUCACCAAAUAUUCCACUCUUCUUUGUCUUUGACGUCCUAAAAAGCUCAUUGAACAAGAUUGUAAGCAAGAGAUACAAUUCUGACGCCUACAUGAUCUCUGCGGUUUCAUUGAUUUUGCAAUAUUUCACCUUCUUCCAUUUUGGUGGUACUAAUUCCAUUGCCACAGUGGAUUUGUCCAAUGCGUACAAUGGUGUGUCUGAGAAUUACAACAUUUACGCCGUUGGGUUUAUGAUGUGUGUUUCUAAUUUUGCACCUUCCAUUUACUGGUCCACUUUCACUUGGAAUUUGCUCUACAAAACCAACAAAAAAUGGCACAAUUUCUUUCAGAGUAAGUUGACGUUCCUUAUGUUCAAUUGCAUAUCAGGCUGCUGCCUCAUGUUCGCCUGUGUCGCACUAAGAUUCCACCUUUUCAUUUGGAGCGUUUUCAGCCCCAAACUAUGCUAUUACGCCACAUGGAACAUCUUUAUGAAUCUGGUCAUUGGCUGGAUUCUGGAGAUCCCACUGGCUCUAACUACUUGA